AUGUCUGCCCUUAACGCAGGUGACGAGUUCCCCAGCGACGUUGUCUUCUCCUACAUCCCAUGGACUGAGGAGAACGAGAAGAUCCAAGCUUGCGGUAUCCCCAUUAACUACAACGCCUCCAAGGAAUGGGCUGAUAAGAAGGUCGUCCUCUUCGCCCUGCCCGGUGCCUUCACCCCUGUUUGCUCCGCUGCCCACGUUCCCGGCUACAUUGAGAACCUCCCUAAGUUGAGGGCUAAGGGUGUUGAUGUCGUCGCUGUCCUUGCCUACAACGAUGCCUACGUUAUGAGCGCUUGGGGCAAGGCUAACAACGUUAAGGGAGAUGACAUUCUUUUCCUGUCUGACCCCGAUGCCAAGUUCUCUAAGAGCAUUGGCUGGGCCGACGAGGAAGGCCGCACUGGCCGUUACGCCAUCGUUAUUGACCACGGAAAGGUUACCUAUGCCAAGCGUGAGCGCGGCAAGAACAUUCUCGAGAGUGGUUCCGUCGCUACGAUCAAAUUACCGCUUAUCAUUUCUGCAUUGCAGCAGAAGCAUAGCAACCUCUCCAUCCGCGUCAUUCUCACAAAAUCAGCCGCUCUUUUCCUUAAUGGCCGGUCCGCGGAACAGCCCACAAUCGAACAUAUAGCCUCACUUCCAGCUGUUGAUGCCGUUUACCAAGAUGAGGACGAGAUGACAGAGUCCUGGACACGAGGAGCCGGGAUCCUACACAUCAAUUUGCGUAAAUGGGCUCAUAUUCUAGUCGUUGCACCGCUUAGCGCAAACACACUUGCCAAGAUUGUCAAUGGUAUAUGCGAUUCUCUGUUGACAAAUGUAAUACGGGCUUGGGAUACCACUGGACUAGUUGACGGGGGGGUCAAAAAGAGGAUCCUCGUAGCACCUGCUAUGAACGCAGCUAUGUGGUUACAGCCGAUUACGAGGAAACAAAUCCUUGUUCUAGAAGAUGAAUGGGGUGUCCAAGUAACUGGCGACCAGAAAAAUGUCGUCGAGCAAGGAUGGUUUGAAGUUUUGAACCCUAUUGAAGUCCAAUCUGCAAUGGCUUCAAAUUUACCCCUUAAAAGGAAGAAUCCGCAAGCAGGCUUCAACUUUGAUCAGAAAUCUAGCGGCGCAGUUCGCAAACGCGCUAGAACCCACGAUGCACGCGCUUUGGCGGUGCAGUCCGCCGAUGCAGCUCUCUCUGCGACUGGCGAGCUCGACGUCGCAGCUUACGUGGGAGCUCGUGAAUUUGAAAUUCGAGCCCUGGAAGCCGGAAUAGAGAAGUCAAGAAGUGCACUGACAAGUCGCGCUUUCCAGAAAGUCCCUAGGUCCCUUCGGAGACGAACUGCAAGCCACAAUGUCAAGAGAGUUCCGCAGAGGCUGCGGGCAAGGGCUAAAAGAGAAAAUAAGAUGAUAGAAGAUAACACACCCACAGUGACUGCUCGACGGCGAAAACCCACAAGAAUCUUACGUCUCCGCCUAGAGUCAGCGCGUCGUCUACAGGGACUGAAUAAAAAGGCAAGGGUUAAACGAGCUGCUCUAAAGAAGAAACGGGAUAAAGAUGGUCAGGAUGCGCAAUCAACGGCAGAAGAAGGUCAUACUCAUAGCAUCGCGCCUCGAGUUCCCAAGAUCAAGAAGAAUAUACUCUCAAAGCCGUCACCCCCGGAGCCAAAAUUCAAAAAGCGUCAACGGUCGAAGACAUGGCUCCCCACACACAUGUUUCAUGCAAAGCGCGCACAUAUGACCCCAGCCCAAGAGCCCCUUUGGAGAUUCGCUCUCCCCUUGACGCCGACUGAAAAGAGUUAUCGCCCUACACACCGCGCUGCGGGAUCCAGAGGAGCGGUCGCGUGGGAUAUGAGCUAUGUUUCUACGAUUCAACUAGAAGGUACGAUUAUUGCUCUGCAAAGUGUCUUGAAGAGCCUUCGAGUCGAAGGUGAUGAUUGCUGGGGAGCCAAGGGGAAAAAGUGGAGGCAAGGAACAAGAGUACUUCAAAAAUGGGUAUACGAGGUGGGAGAAGAUGGGAAGCCAAUAGCUCCGGUGACGUUGAUAUGGUGUGCUAGGCUGCAAGGUGAAGACCAUGAGAUGUCCAAUGCCGGGGAUACGUCUGGGCCGAAAAAGAAGCCAGUACGAGACAAAGUGUUCAUUCGCAUCCAUCCCUCAGCGUUUUUACAACUCUGGCAUGUGCUUUUAUCGGUUUGCAAGAAGCAGAAUCCGCCAGUUACUCUCCAGGACUUGCGGUUUGAUAUUGGAAGUAUCGAGAUCACGGGACCAGGAUCAACGGAAGCACUCAUUGCGACGAUGCGCCCUUUCAUCCCAAAACAACAGGGAAAUACAGAGGACGUUUCCAGCACUACGUGGACAUCUCUUUUAGGAGUCACAAACCCCUCCUCUUUGCCUGCCGGGGCACUCUUGUCAUUCUCCAUUAGCGAUCCCCGGCUGCACUAUCCUGUGAGCUCUCAAAAGCCUCCUACGUCCGAAUCAGAUAUGAACGCUUUGGCCGGUUUACUAUCCUCAUGGCCACCUGACCGUUGUCGAGUCUCCCCCGCGCUUUUUGACCGCUCUGCACGACUCACUGCUAGCCGGCGUUUGCCGAGCCAAAAAGCUAUCAAUCGACGGCGGACCUUGGCUGGUCCGGGGGUCCCGCUAGAAACACAGUCUACUGAUCCUCAUAUUCCGGUGAUGGUCUUCGCAUCGCGGCUGGCAAGUUGUGUCAAGGACACCAACUCUCAUGGUUCUUGGACGGUUAUGUUGCCAUGGAAAUGUGUCGCGCCCCUUUGGUACGUGCUCAUGUAUUAUCCACUUUCUAGCGGAAGCAACCCCAGAUUUGGCGGCUUGAAGGAACAACAGCAAUUAGCCUUUGAGUACGGCCAGCCCUGGUUCCCAGCAGAUUACCCAGGAACACGCGCUGGAUGGGAGUGGCAUCUUCAGGAACAGGAGAGGCGCAAGAAAGAGUGGGAGAGGAAACCUAAGGGAAGAAGAUUAGAAUUCGACAGUCUUGACUUAGGUAAUGGGCAGAAAGGGGAGCUAGGCCGAGGCUGGUCCUGCGAUUGGGAAUAUUUGGUUCAGAGCAAUGCGAGACAGGACGACACUCUGAUGGAAGAAACACAAAGCCAAGAAGAUAACAGGACUAACGGAAACAAUUCUCCAGAAGAUAAAAAGCAGGCUAGCACACCACCUCUAGAGAUUGAAAACUUGAGGCUGGACGAGAGGACCGCAUUACAACUCAAUACGAAUCCUCGAGCGUGGAAAUUCCCCAAUGAUAAGCAGUACUUGGCUAUAGUGAAGAUUACACUAUUCGGGCGUGGGACUCCAUCCCCGUGUGCACGUCUCUAUCGCCUUCCCUCGACGGACGAAGAACUGUGCAAGAAGUGGUUAUCUACUGGACUGCCCGCAAAAACAUCCUCUCGCAGCCAGAAUGGGACACCGCCAGUCUCAAACCUGGAGCAAUCUACUCCAACCGACCCGGUAAUCGAAAAGAGAGAGUAUUUCCAGAGACUCGCAGCUUCACUGCUUGACCCAUCGCUACCUGACAAACCACUUUACCUCCCUCUACCUCUGGAAGACGACCUGAUCGGUUUCGUGUCAUCUGGUAACUACAACCUCACCGAAGGCAAAGGCACCGGUAUUGGAUCAAUCCUCGUUUCGAAAGUGGCAAACCAUGGAAUUACUAAUGCCACUGGCGAGGAGAAGCCAGAGCAGAGUCAGAAACAAGCUGGUGUUUCCAAAACCAAACCAUUGCCAGCGAAAAGAGCCUGUUUCGAAAGGAGGAUCUGCAUUGUUCGCUCUGCUGGUGAACGGGUUGGCAGACUUGGGCAGUGGCAUUUUAUUUAA